AUGGAAAGAGGCGGAGCAGUGGAUCUGGACAUCCAGCGUUCUGACAUUGCGACGCGGCUCAAAAUCUCGCUCCGGAAGGGGGACACCUGGUACCUAGUUGACAGUCGCUGGUUCAAACAGUGGAAAAAAUAUGUUGGCUUUGACAGUUGGGACAAAUACCAGAUGGGAGAUCGAAAUGUAUAUCCUGGACCUAUUGGUAACUCUGGACUUCUCAAAGAUGGUGAUGCCCAGUCACUCAAAGAGCAUCUUAUCGAUGAAUUGGAUUACAUAUUAUUGCCAACUGAGGGCUGGAAUAAACUUGUUAGCUGGUACACAUUGAUGGGAGGUCAAGAACCAAUAGCACGGAAGGUACAUGCUUAA